AGGCCUGAGCCCGAGAGUGCCGCGUCGCCCUCCGCCUGCGCCCGCCCGUGCGCCGCCCUGCGUGAGGGCAGGGCGGGGUGGAGGCGUUGGCUCUGCCACGUCUGGGCCGCGGUUCCCCAGCUGUGGCGCUGGCGGGACAGGAGGUGGGGCCGGCGCUGAAGCCGGAUCCGGAUCCGGUACUCUGCAGCCCCUUGGGGUAGAGUCGGACGCGCCUGGCGGGCAGCGCAGACUGCGGGGCCUUUGCGGAUCCUACUGGAAAGAUGAAACCUGAUGAAAUACCCAUGUUUGACCCAGGUCUACUCAGAGAAGUGGACUGGAGCCAGAAUACAGCAACAUUUUCUCCAGCCAUUUCUCCAACACAUCCCGGAGAGGGCUUGGUUUUGAGGCCCCUUUGUACUGCUGACUUAAACAGAGGUUUUUUUAAGGUACUGGGUCAGCUGACAGAGACUGGAGUUGUCAACCCAGAACAGUUUAUGAAAUCUUUUGAACAUAUGAAGAAAUCUGGGGAUUAUUAUGUUAUAGUUGUGGAAGAUGUGACCCUAGGACAAAUUGUUGCUACCGCAACUCUGAUAAUUGAGCAUAAAUUCAUCCAUUCCUGUGCAAAGAGAGGAAGAGUAGAAGAUGUCGUUGUUAGUGAUGAAUGCAGAGGAAAGCAGCUUGGCAAAUUGUUAUUGUCAACUCUUACUUUGUUAAGCAAGAAACUGAACUGUUAUAAGAUUACUCUUGAAUGUCUACCACAGAAUAUUGGUUUCUAUAAAAAGUUUGGAUAUACAGUGUCUGAAGAAAAUUACAUGUGCCGGAGGUUUCUGAACUAAAACUCUCCUAAGAGAAUUAACGGAGCUGAUGUUGCUGCAGCCCAGUGGCCUCCAUCGACACUGAGCUGAAAAACCCCACGUAAUAUCCUAAGUGUAGUGACAUUUAGCUUACCUUGGGCUGUGGGACAAGCUGUGAGUUUAGACUAUAAAUAUUAUAAGGGGGAUGAUUUGUAACCAAAUGAAUAUAUUUUUAACUUGAAUCUUUUAUUGCAUUGUAUUUUUCUAAAUUUGGCUUAAUUUCUUGGUAGU